AGCCAGUCUAUAAAUAACCCUCCAGUUGGAGCUCAGAUGAAGGGUCAGGACAGCUGAGUAAGAAGUGAACAGGCUCUCAGGGCAUUCUAAACCCACUGUCAGGACUGGAAAGCCAAAUACUCUGCAACAAAGAGGAUACGGUUUUAUUCGAUCUGAAGCACCUUAAAGACCCCUCAGAUGGCUCUGCCUAUAAACCCGAUGGACGAGCCCAGGCUGUACCAGCAGACUCUGCUCCAGGACGGCCUGUAUGACUUGCUGGAGAAUGACAAGUUGGUGGACUGUGUCCUAAAGAUCAAAGACAAGGAGUUUCCCUGCCACCGCCUGGUGCUGUGUGCCUGCAGCUCCUACUUCCGCUCCAUCUUUUUGUCCGACCUGGAUGAGAGCAAAAAGAGAGAAAUUGUGCUAGAGGACGUUGAACCUGGUGUCAUCGGUCUGAUUCUGAAGUACUUGUACACCUCGAAGAUCAAUGUCACAGAGCAGAACGUUCAGGACAUCUUUGCCGUUGCUAACUUGUACCAGAUUCCUUCAAUUUUCACUGUAUGCGUGUCUUUUUUACAAAAGCGCCUCAGCCUCAGCAACUGCCUGGCCAUCUUCAGGCUCGGUUUGAUGCUGGACUGCCCCAGAUUGGCCGUCUCUGCCCGGAACUACGCCUGUGAGCGUUUUCAGCUGAUCUCCAAAGACGAAGACUUCCUCCAGCUCAAUGCAACUGAACUGGCUGCCAUUCUGACAAAUGACAAUUUGAAUGUGGAGACAGAGGAGGCUGUGUUCGAGGCUCUCAUGCGGUGGGUGUCCCGGGACACGGAGGGCAGAGAGAAAGAACUCCCGGAUUUGCUGGAUUGUGUUCGUUUGCGUCUAGUAACAGAUGAUUAUCUGAAAGAUAAAGUGGAGAAACACAAACUGAUCUCUGCUCAUCCAGAGCUUCAGCAGAAGCUAAAAAUGGUCAGGGAUGCUCGCAGUGGGAAACUGCCAGAGAUUAAAAAGGUAAAGAAGGAGGAAGGUGGAGCAGAGAAAGACGGACAAAGUGAAGACAAGGAGGAUGAAGAAGAUCUUCUACCGGCUAUCCUGAACGAUAACCUGCGAUUUGGAAUGUUUGUCAGGGACCUGAUACUGAUGGUGAACGAAAGCGGUGCUGUGGCGUACGACCCAUCAGGCAACGACUGCUUCAUGGCGUCAGUCUCCACGCAGGUUCCUAAGAACCACGUCAGCCUGGUGACCAAGGAGAACCAGAUCUUUGUGAUCGGAGGACUAUUUGUUGAUGAAAUGAACAAGGAGGACCCUCUGUGCUCCUAUUUCCUGCAGUAUGACCCGGUUAGUACAGACUGGCUUGGCAUGCCACCCCUCCCGACUCCCCGCUUCCUGUUUGGGAUGGCUGAAGGCGAGAACUCCAUCUUCAUCCUGGGAGGAAAGGAGCUGAAAGACAAGGAGGGCACUCUGGAUACAGUUUUGGUCUACGACAGACAAUCCUUUAAAUGGGGUGAGUCUGAGUCAAUUCCUUACCCAGUUUAUGGACAUUCAACUGUAUCACACAAUGAUGUUGUGUAUGUGAUUGGUGGAAAAGGAGACAACAAGAGCUGUCUGAAGAGGAUGUGUGCAUAUGAUCUCAAGAGAUUUGAAUGGAAAGAGCUCGCUCCCAUGAAGACGGCACGCUCUUUAUUUGGAGCAACUCUUCACCAAGACAAAAUAUAUGUAGCAGGAGGAGUGACUGACGACGGACUCACAGAUACAGUGGAGGUGUACGACAUCACUACCAACAUGUGGUCAGAUUUUGAGCCAUUUCCUCAGGAGCGGAGCUCUCUGAAUCUAGUAUCUCUUGCUGGUUUCCUUUACGCUGUGGGAGGUUUUGCUAUGAUGCCUUUGGAAGACAGCGACGAAAUCCUUCCCAAAGAAAUGAACGACGUUUGGAGGUAUAAUGAGACUGAGAAGAAGUGGAACGGGAUCCUCAGAGAGAUUCAGUACGCCUCUGGGGCCACAAUACUGGGGGUCCGCUUGAACACCCUGCGUCUCACCAAGAUGUGAAGCCCCCCAAAGUCGCUGUAUCUCAAUGUAAAGUUACUUGGAAAUAAUUGCAACUAUUUCUACAUUUUUUAGGGGGAACAUUCAUAGUUAGAAACUUUAGAACUUAAUUAAAAGAUUGUUAUGAAGGUUUGAUUUUUACUUAUUGUUAUGAAUUUUAUAAUUAGCAUUAUAGUGUAUGAAUGUUUUUUUAUGAGUUUCUGCAAGCAAUGGACUAAGAUGUUACAUUUAAUAAGCAGGAAUUACAGUGUUUUAUUGAACAGAAUAAAGGAAUAUGAAACCAAAA